AUGAAUGUCUCUACGACCACUACAACGACCUCGCCAGCAUCUUCUCCACAACAUUUCACACAAGGACAAUCAAUGGUUUACUCUGUCACCAGCAGCAACAACAAUAAUAAUAACGGUGGAAGCAUGAACGGCUCAUGUAUCACUGAUUCCGAAGAUGAUGAAGAUCGCAAUAUGGUCAACAACCCAACACAACAACAACAACAGGUUGGUGUUGGAAGCAAGGAAGAGUCACCAUCACCUGUUGCUGAGUCGUCUGACAUCCAUCAAACAGAACCAAACAAACCACCUUCUCCUUUGAUUGAUCAGACGUCAACUACGACAUCGAAUGGUCAACAUCAACAUCAACAUCAUUCUCCUACACUUGCCAAUGUAGACCUGCUCUCACUCAAGGGUGCACCACUGGCAGCCGAACUCUGUGAGCUAUUCUCAUUCUUCCGACGUCACAAGUUCUCCCUGUCAGUGUCUGGCAAGCGCGAUGAUGAGCUGUCUAAAUUCCAACAACAAGUCAACGGUCUGUUUAUGAAGGACUACCAAAUCUCAUUCAUCAACAACAAGAAUGGAGAGCUGUGUGCCACCUACCCUCCCCAACUCAUUGUUAUCGAGAAAGAACACGACCUUCAAUGCAAGGCAUGCAUUGAAAGAGACAUCAAACCAAUCAAUCACUCUCCAUCUAUUCAAAAGAUACUCAAUCAGUCAAGGUUCGCUCGAGUGCGUACCAGAUUCCCCUUUCCAGUCAUAUACUUUCACAACAAGAACCUGUGUCGUUCAUCAACUCUCUCAAAGAAGAUCGAAUACAUGUUCCAGACUGGUGUCAACUCAAUGAAGAAACAGUUCAUCAACACGAGUAACAAUGACACACCUGUGGAGGAGAUUGACAAUGUUGACACACAAAACAUGGAGAACCUUAGGAACAACGAUAUAUCGGCCAUCAAACACUUGUCUGUCAAGUAUAUCUGCGAUUUGAUGGUAGAGAACAAGAAGAAGAAGUUUGGAUUCUAUGUAUGCUCGUCUGAGAAGGCAGACAUGCAUGAUCGAUACUCCAAGCAGUUCUCUAUCGCUGCCACACCAUACCCUGGCGUGGAGUUCUUUGCCGAGUUCAACCAGAACGGUCACAAUGGAAAGGAUUUGGUGUUUGGCUGGGACUUCACCGAGUAUCCCGCCGAACUCAAGUUCACCUCAUCCAACCCAGUCUCAGUGCCCUGGGAGCAGUACAAGUCAUGGGACAUACUGUACUUGACACAGAACUACUUCAAGCUACUGCUGGAGUACAUUGCUGAUGACAAUGACAGCUCUGGCCUGCUUGUACAUUGUAUCUCUGGAUGGGACCGCACGCCACUCUUCAUUUCACUGAUCAGACUAAGUUUGUGGGCUGAUGGAGAGAUCCACCAAUCUCUGAACGCAUCCGAAAUACUCUAUCUCACCGUGGCCUACGAUUGGUUACUGUUUAGCCAUCAGUUCUCUGAUCGAGCGGGCAGAGGAGAGGACAUCUUUUUCUUUUGCUUUUACUUCCUGGAGUUUAUCUGCUCCAAUGACUUCUCUAUCCAUUCUUUCAUCAGUAGCCACAACAAGAAUAGAGCAAGUGGUGGUGGUCCUAGCACUGUAGGCAUCACCAAUGUAUCAACAACUGUACAUACUCACACUCAACAACAUGAUGGUAAUGGCAAUGGUAAUGGCAAUGGCAUCGACAACAAACAAACAUGUUGUGCAACCAACAACAACAACAUUACACCAACAACAUCUGUAAAUACUCAAUGUAAAACAACAACAACUGACAACGCAGCACCAUCAUUGGUCAAUGGCACUUCACAACCCCAACAACAACAACAUCAAUCUGCCCUCCGCCAGGCACUCAAUGACAUUUCACAGUCGGCACCACCAACACCGAAGAAGGUUGCACCAUCCUCGGUUAUCAAGUUGCCAGCCUUUAUCUCGAAUUACACAUCGGCACCAUCAUCUCCUCUCGGUCACUCACCAAAGACAUCCACUUCGAUACUUGGAGAGCAUCGCAUUUCUCCAAACCUGCCCAGUAGCACAGGGCCAGUCGACGUGCCUCGUCGCGCCUACUCGACGGCACCCCGAGACAACAAUGAGGAUAUAGGUGGCAGCUGGCAACUGAUGGGCUCACUUCAGGAGAAGAUGAAGUCCCUCUCAUCGUUUGGCUCCACGCCCAAGAACCUGCAUCCAUCCAACAACAGCUUCUCAUCCAGCGAGAUGGAUGAGAGUGCCGACGAGACCAACUCCAAGACUGCACCAAGUGACGACGAAGACGAGCCCAAUGCUGCCGAGGAGAUGGAUCAGAGCUGGGACCCAGCCACUGGAUUCAUUGUGGAGAACGCAGAUGUAGAGUCACCUGCCAACUGUAACAAACGUGUCAAGCAAUCAUCAGGACUCACCGAUAACAACAAUCACACUCGUGGCUCAACAGAUGUAAUAGAUACUCCACACAAGAAGAAGCAACAACAAGCUCAACAUAGUCAACACAGUCAUCAUCAUCACCAUCAUCAUCACAACAACAACAACAACAACAACAACAAUAACAACAACAACAACAACAACAAUCAUAGUAAUAGUAGCACAUCAACAACACCACAUAGUAAUAACAAGGAACAACUUAGUCAACAACAACUGGACGAUCGAAGAAAGGAGAGACUGAUGGAGAUCAAGACACUCUACACGAACAUCUAUCAACAGUGUUGUCUCUCGACCAACGAAGGCUACUGGAAAACAGUGAUGUCCUAUCUGCCCAAGUUUGGAUAA